UUUUUCAGCGGUCUUCAGGUGGGGAAAUCGUCAGUAGGAUUAUCCAUAGAAAAUCCUGCCUUGAACUGUAAAGAUCUGAAAAACAAAACACCAUCAGUUGCCUCAGGAGUCUACUGGAUUGACCCGGAUGGUGGCUCCCAUGGAAACGCUUUCCAGGCCUUCUGCGACGAACAGACAGCUGGAGGGGGCUGGACACUAGUUUGGAGUUACACUUUCACAGAUUACUCAAGCUUUACAAGUAGCAAAAACGCAGUCACACCUCGUCCCACCUGGACAGCCAGCGGUGCUGACACUAGAGUAUCUACAACAGUUCCACUCAGCGAGACCCACUAUGAAGCCAUGGACUUUGCUUUGUGGCGCACCAUUGGUAACCAGGCCUUAAUCAAAAGUAACAUCAACAACUGGAUCACUUGCAAGGAAGGCACUGGCAGUAUAGUGAGACAGAAGGCCGGGUCACUCAGCUGUAAACUGGUUAAACAGGUUUCACAGCAGUGUGCUGGGGUAGUACCAACAUCCUUUGCGUUACGGAGCUACGGGCCUUACCUGUCCAGCAGUAGUUACUACUAUUACUUUGACGGUAAUACAAGGGACAACUUCCCCACGCAUGAUCCAUGUGGUAAAGACCAAGCAAAUCAGUUAACAGGUGUAGCUAAUCCUCACGGUAACGUUUUUGUUCGUUAA